ACCACUUCAUUUCUCAACCCGCCUCCAAGCCCUCACGCUUCUUCUACCUUGCAGAAAACAGAGGCUAGCUCUUCCACCCUUUUCCACCGUCGCGGAAGACAUAGAAUCUUUCCCCUUCUUCUAGCAGCAAAGGCCAAAUGACACAAUCAUUCCAACAGCCACUCUUAAUCAUAAGGGUUUCAAAAUUGCAAAAGGCCUAACAAUCGAAGGGGUAAAUUACAAAUCUGGAGUCGGCUUGUGGUCUGAAUCGCUGUGGAAAAUACAGCUUGUAAACUAAAUUAUGGACACCUCCGAGGAACCAAUGUGUAGAGUUUUAAGGUCCCGCAGGGCUGAAACUGAGCGACCGUCUACAAGUUCACCUCCUAUACAAUUGAGUGGAUCAGGUGAUGAUAGGAAUUCAACAAAUGAAAGAAUAGAAGGUGAUGGUAGUAAUGAGCAGAUGGGGCCACAACCAAGAGGAGGUCCGAUACGAAAAGGGCGUGGAAGAGCAAAAAAUAAAGCCUUGCACAAAAUUAAAGAAAACAGCUGUCCGGUUCCAGUAGAGUUUGGAGAGGGUUCUAUUAAACCUGUUGGUUUAAAUAACAAAUUAUGGAUAGCUGAGGUUGGCAUUAAUACACGAGAUACUGAAGCCCUUUUAAAGUAUAAAACGUGGAGGGAUGUUCCAGAUUUUGAGAAAGAGGUCUGCUAUGAGUAUUUGAAGGUCUUUGGAGUUGAUGCAUAUGCGAAUGACAUUGAUUUUAAGCGAGUAAACAAGGGAAUUUCCAACGCAUUGAGGAAAUAUAGAUAUAAAUUGACGUGUCAUUUUGAGGAGCAUCUUCCUAUUGAGAAUGCACGCCGCCAUCCUUACAAUGGUAUUGGUAAUGCUGUUUGGCAAAAGUUGUGUGAUAAUUGGAUAUCACCAAAAUUUCAGGAAAUAAGUGAAAAAAACAAAGAAAAUCAUUCCAAGAAUGAGGUUCCACAUUAUUCUAGAUCGAUGUCCUUCGUUAGACGUUACGAUGCUUAUGUCAAACUCAAAGAAAGGCAGAGCCAAGAAGAUGAAGAUGGUGAAAGGGAUGAGAAUCCUGCCAUUCGCUUGUACAAGGACACACAUUUUAAGGAACAAGGUGGAUGGGCACACGAGAAAGCUAAGAGGAAUUUUGAUGCAAUGAAAGAAAAGGCUGCACAAAAUUCUCAAAAUUCUGAUGGUACGAGUCCAACCAUAAAUGAUGUUGAGAUAGUGCAAAACCAACUAGGCAUAAGGAAGGGAUAUUGCCGUGGAUUCGGACAUGGUUUCAUGGCUCCAAAGAGUCAACGUGCCUCCUCAUCAUGUGACGAGGCUUCUAGGAAAAGGGUCGAAAUUGCUGAGGAAAGAAAUGUACAAAUGGCGGCAAAGAUGGAUAAACUUGAGAAGAUGCUUGAGCAGUUACAGCAACAGCCGCCACCAUGGUUCCUCCAAUAUCAGCAGCAGCGGCAGCAAACUGCACCAAACUGGCAUCAACAGCCUUCGCCACCUCCAGUAGACUCUCAUUUUUAGCAACUACCACCCACAAGGUGGCAAUAUUAGCAGCCGCCACCAACAUGGUAGCACCAACAAGCACCACCACAACCACCAAUAGAAUGAAUAAUGGAUCUUGAAGGGGAUGGAACAUUUUUUUGUGCUACCAGAUGGUUUUAGUUUUUGUUUAGAAACUGGUUAGCAGUUUUUGUUUUUGUUUAGAAAACUAGAAAUUUUAUGGAUCUUGAAUAUGUAUUGUGGAUUUAUUUUGUUUGAUGGCUAGUAAUAUCUUUUUGAAUGUUAUUAUGGAUC